AAAGGGCGGGGCCAGAUCGAGAGCGGGAGGAAGAGGCGAAGGCGGAAGCAGCUGAGGCAGCGCCUCCCGGCCCAGCGUCCGGUGUUGGCACCACUAUGCAGCCAGAUGCAGAGAGAAGCCGGAUACGGCCCAAGAAACCAGACAUAGCACUGUAUGUUCCCAGAGCACGGCGCAACAUUGCAGUCUCAAAAGCCAGCACGUCAUUGGUCACUAGAAAUGAGAGAGAGGCGAACCAUUGUCCCCCAGGACUGGAGAUCAUUAAAGGGCAUGAAGCAAGACCAAGUCCCAAGGCCGGGAGAGACUUGCGUCACAGAGAGCAAGGAGGAAUCCUUUUCCCCCAGGAAGAGAAAGGAACUACAUCCAGAGACUGUAGAAAUGUAUUCCACCAAAGCAGCUCAAAUCCAAAGAUGCAGUACAAGGAGGGGCCACAAUCCCUACGUAAGCCCAAGCCACGCAUGCUGUUGCCUUCCCCUGCAUUCCUGAACCAGACUCCAGCAUCACUGCCAAGCACUGAAGCAGAGACACCUCUUGAGUAUAGUGCUAAGCUCUUCACUAACACACUGGAGAGGAUGGCAGGUCUUCAAAUCCAGACAGAAUUUUCUGGAGUGGACUGUGCUCGGGAACAAGAGCGUAUGUUUUCAUCAGCAGGGCAAGGGACCUGCAGCAUUGACACUAGCAAGCAGGCAGGAACAUUUUUCCCAUGCCAGGUAGAGCUGAGUGAGGAGAAUGUGCUGCGAGGUGCUAGUGAGAGGUUCUCAGAUCAGACAGAGAGUGAAGAUAGUAUAUGGACCAGCAAGGUUAAGCAUCUGAGAAAAUAUGACUUGGGACCAACUGGGGUAAGUGCAGAUGAUAUGUUUGAAAACUCAGGCAGCGAUGUUACAGACACCAGAGAGACACAUAAGGAUCGCUCAUCAGAGUGUUCAGGUGAGAGAAUAUCAGAUGGAGCCGACAGCAAUAAUAGUGUUUUGGGGCACAUUAGCAAUACACAUAACACAUGUAAAUGCAUAGGCAGCUGCAAUUUGGAAUGUGUUCACAAGGGAGUUCCAGAUGACACAGGCCCAAAGGAAAGUGUGACUGAGGAUGCGGGUAGGACCAUUCUGGCUCAAGCAGAAGUGAGUGAGUAUAGCACCCUAAAGCAUGAAGAGGAGAGCAAGAGGAGAGUGUACAGUCAUGCAACUGAAUGUGUGUUUGAUCAGAGUGUGCAUGAUGUGUCUGACUGCAUGGAUGACAGCAUCUUGAUCCAGACAGUGACAGCAAACACAGCCAACCAGUUGUCAGGUUGCUCAGGGGUGGCUGCAGGCUAUAACUAUUCAGAUGAGGCCUGCGAGAGGCUUGAUGGUCUUCCCAAUUGUAUGUUCAAGAAGGGUGAACUGGGACAGGUAUGUGGCAGCGAGAAGGGUGAUGGCUUCUCACGCCACAUCUGCCAGAGCACACCUCAUAAGUCUGAGGCUUCAUUGACAGUAAGAGGUACCAUAUUUAGUUUAGGAGAUCAAGAUUCAAAUGUCAGACUCAAUGAUGAGGAAAGGGGUUCUGCCAAGGAGGCUCCCAGCUGCUUACAGGAGUGUGCCUCUAAGGAGAUGAUACACUUGUCAGCUAUGGGGAAUCCUGAGAGCACUCUGGACCAAGCAGAAGCACCCUUGGAUGUUACCUCCGUGGAAGAUCCAACCCAGAGCAAUAUGGGCAUGAGGCUGCAGCAUCUAUCUGGAGGCAAGGCAGAAGGGAAAGCUGAACCAAGUGUGCCAUCCAGUUGGGAGGAGCCUGCUAGAACCAAUGUUGGUCCUGCAUCCCUCAGUGCAGAUGAUAGUGUGACAAAUGAAAGCUGGGAUUCUCUCUUCAAUGAUGAUGGUGACUGUCUGGAUCCACGGUUGUUGGAGGGGCUGUCUGGCCGUGCUUCACCCCCCUCAGGACUGCAAGAGCCCCGCUUUGACUACUACAACCACUCUCCAGCUAAUUUGGACUUGAGUGAUUCGGAGUUGCCUCAUGUAAUUGAGAUUUACGACUUCCCACUGGAAUUCCGCACAGAGGACCUGCUGCGCGUCUUCUGCAGUUACCAGAAGAAAGGCUUUGACAUUAAAUGGGUUGAUGACACACAUGCCCUGGGUAUCUUCUCCAGCCCCGUUGCAGCUCGGGAUGCUCUCAGCACCAAGCAUCUGAUGGUGAAAACCCGUCCCUUGUCACAGGGCACUCGAGCUGCAAAGGCCAAAGCCCGAUCCUAUGCAGAGUUCCUGCAACCCACCAAAGAACGUCCUGAAACUUCAGCUGCUCUGGCCAGGAGACUGGUGACAGGCGCCCUCGGUGUACGGAGCAAGCAGACUAAGGAAGAACGUGAAGCUGAGCGCAGGCAGUUACAGGCUGCCCGAGAGCGGAAGCGUUUAGAGGCCAAGCAGAGGGAAGAUGCAUGGGAAGGCCAUGAGUGAGCCAGCACUAUUGCUAAGUGGAGAGGCGUGACUGGAGAUUACUCUAACUGGAACAGGACUGGAGCUCCAAAGGAGCUGGGCCCUUGCAGCAUUGAUGAAUUUCUGCCAUUCCCUUUGGGAUGAGCAGCAAAGUGUGGGCCUUGCUUGGUAUCCUUUAUAGCCAAAACGGGAAUAUAGCCAAAGUGGGAAUAUGUGGGCUCAAACAAAGAUCCAUCUAGGAUGUUUCUGAGACCUCUGGAUGGUGGGGCUGGAGUGCUUCACAGUGCUUCAGCGUAAGUUUCCAUGUGAAUGGCCUGCCCGAAGACCUGGCUAGCACUGCUCACUAAGAGUUUGUGUUACAAUGAAGUGCUAGAGCCUUCCUGGAUGCAGUGCCUGCCUACCCUAUUGGCAUCAGAUGGAGCUUUCUAGGACUUUGAACAGACCAGCUAUAAUAGCUAAGUGUCCACUGUUGAAUUUGCUAUUAAAAUCUUUAUUUUA